UUCCUAACUGGUGUGAAUGAGGAAGAACAGCGUAGAAAAUUGUCCGCGGAAUUUACAAGGAACACUGACAAUUAUAAAGUUGAUCUGAGUGACGAUGAUUUGAGUGACCUUCCUGAUGUUCAAAUCCAUCAAUACAGCUCAAACAGCUCAACAGGAUCUCAGAAACGAAAGUUCAAUGAAAGAAAUAAUGUACCAAAAACAAGUAGUACAACAAGUACAGUAGAGGCUGUUGAUCUUACUCAAUUUAGUGAUCACUCACCACCAAAGUGUGGUAGAGAUAACAAGACAACUUUUACAAACUACCAAAACAGUCGCCCCUCAUCAAGUUCAGCUGAAAGUGUAUGGCAAGGAAACCGAGACAAAUUUCAAAAUAUAUUACCAGGAAGUGUUGACCAGACUAAUAGGUUACCAAGCAACUCAACAACAAUAAGUCAGCUACCAACAAUGGACACAAUAAUAAAUAUUGAUGCAGAGAAUUUAGACCAUAGAGGGAGCCCUAUAUCACUGUCAAGCAGUGAUGAUGAUGAUGAGUAUUAUAACACAGUCUCACUUUUGAAGAGGAUAACAGGGAGAGGAGAAAGUUUAAAGGUCAUUAAUAAUAACAAUCAAGCUAAAACUGAUUAUACUGAUGAUGAGUUAAGUAUAGAAUCCAUCACAAACAAAUAUUCCAUCAAACCAGGCCGUAAUUUCCAAUCUUCAGAACGUAGCAUUUACAGAAGUGAAGAUGAGUUAAAGACAUCUGAUUCACAGGAAACUUUGGCAAGUGUAUCAAGCACAAUGUCGUCGGUAUCUUGUGACUCAAAUGCCUCAUCCACAACACGGAAGGUCAGAACACCAGAAGAAAUUGCUGAACAUAGAAGAUUAGCUUUAGACCGGAAAGCCCAAAAAGAGAAGGAUAGGCUGACCAAAAAGACAGAGAAAGCAAAAGAACUUGCUAAGAGAAAGGCACUACAGGAACUUAAGAAAUCAAGCCGUCCUGAGGAAUGUAUGAAGUACAUAACUGCAGUGAUAGACCUAGUGUUGGUGGAAGCCAGUGGAGGUGGGGAGGUGCUGGCUAAAUUACAGGGCAUGGAAUGUAAGACAGACUUAAGCGCACAACCAAUACCAAACAGUAUCUCCUGGAAGAGAGACACCAUUGAGCAUCACAUUGGAGAUGACUUACAGUUGCGGAGCAGCACGAGACAGACAGAUGAAGAAGACAUUCUUAUAGUAAUACCAACCAGUGAAUUUGUCGAAAUGACCAGUAAUUAUAGGAAGGAGCAAUGUAAUGGUUAUUGUGAAGGAGAUCACCUGAGGAAAUUUGCUCAAAAAGCCAAGACUGCUUUUCAUGGGAAAACCAUAACAAUGGUGACUAUUGCUAUGGAAAAGUACUUCAGGCAUCAAAAGACAUUACAGAACCGUAACUUCCGUGCUGCUUGCCUCGGAGAAGAUGCAUCCACGCAGCAGACGAAGAGGAAAAAGAACAAGAAGAUUGAAGAUAUUACGUGUGUGACAAGGUUGGAUGUAGAGGAGGCCUUAGUUGAUCUGCAGUUGCAGGAAGGUUGUGUGCUAAAGCUGAUAGAAACACCAGCAGAACUUGGGGAUCUAGUUGCCAUGUACACCAAAGCAGUUGCUGAGACACCAUUCAAACGAGAUCGUGAUAAAGCGACCUUUUCUUUUCACGUCGAUACUGAAUGGGCCGGUGGUGUCAAAAUUGGAAAAGACGGUAAAGGAUUGCUACGAUUGUGGCGACAACAGAUACAGCAGUUUCGUAAUGUCAGUCCCGAGAUUGCGCAAGCAGUUGUUGCUGAAUAUCCAUCACCACAACUCCUGCUUAAGGCCUACAGCCGAUGCUCAAGUCCAAAGGAAGCAGAGAAAUUACUAGAGGACAUAAUGGUAAGACGUGGCACUGGCGUACUGUCCCGAAGCAGACGUGUUGGGAAAGAGCUAUCGCGUCGCAUCUACAUCCAAAUGACUAGUAGAGAUAGUGAGCAACUCCUACACUGAUAGUUUUUUUAAGUGAUGCUGUGCCAUGAGCAGUUUGAGGAAUUUAUCCCUCAAAAUUGUCAAAACCCAGAGAAAUAGUCCAUGACUUUUUGUGAAAGAAAACAUUUGUAAUAAUAAUCUAAGAGCCAUUAUUCUUGCUUAUUAUGAAAUCUAAAAAAAAACAUGGUGUUGGGGUCACUUCCUUUUAAGAGGGUACCUUUUCUAUUUUUUGAAUGAUCAUUUAAGAAUGAAUUAAACAGUAUGUAUCUUUUGGAAUACA